CCGCCACAGUUUGAAAUUGUGUGUUCAGUAUGUUGGCGCAGACGGUCCCCCCGAUGCUGGAGAUUUACUUGAAGGAGCACCGCGCUGCCACCUUCGUCGACUGGCCCUUCGUUUCGGACUGUGCCUGUACUCCAGAGCGGAUCCUUUGAAGAUGCCAGCCAAAGAUGCAGGUAAAACAACAGGAAAAAAUGCUGUUGGAGCACAGCCAUACAGCCUGGAAACCACACAACUUUCCAGUGAUUCCUGUUGUGAAAACCCUCAGAAAGAUGGCAGAAGCUGGCUUCAUUCACACUCCUAGCGAGAAUGCACCUGAUGUGGCCCAAUGUUUUGUAUGCUUUAAGGAGCUGGAGGGAUGGGAGCCCGAAGAUGACCCCAUGGAAGAACACCAGAGGCACUCCCCCAACUGUGCAUUUCUUAGACUCCAAAAAGACACAGCUAAGCUCACAUUACAAGAGUUGCUGAAACUUCACAAAGAAAGAAUGAUUAAUCUAUCAAAAAAGGAGAUUAACCUGAAAAUUAUCGAACUUGAAAAAUACGCUGCCAACGUCCGUAAUGAAGUCAGUUCUUUCCGUUAACUGAUGCUGUGAACUCCUUAAUGGACUUCAGCAGAGGUUGAAACUCAGUUGCUCUAUGUCUAAGUGUACAAGUUCCUUCUGUAUUUUUUCUUGCCUUUUUAAAUAAAUGUUACUGUUUUGAA